AGGUCCCCGGCACAUCUGGGCGAGAGCCGAGCCGCGGGCACCGCGAGGGGCGCCGAGCGCCUGUCUGGAAGCGGCCGAGCGAGCGCGCCACGGGGGCCCCGCGAGGCGCUCGGGGCGCACCUCCGGGACCGCCCGCCGGGGCCGAGCGGCGGCGCAGCUGGAUUCGGGGAAGGGGGCGGCGGCUGCACAGCUGGACCGAAGGGGGCGGGGUCGGUCCUGGACGUCGGGCUGAAGGGAGGGCCGCGAGCCGCCGGGGACCGGAGCAUGGGACCGCGCGCCUGAAGGCACCCUAGAAGGAAGGGGCCUGGGACCCCGAAAGGAACAGAGAGGAGGGGGGCAGCGCCGAGGAGGAGGAUGCAACUGACCCGCUGCUGCUUCGUGUUCCUAGUGCAGGGCAGCCUGUAUCUGGUCAUCUGUGGUCAGGACGACGGUCCCCCUGGCUCAGAGGACCCUGAGCAUGAUGACCACGAGGGCCAGCCCCGGCCCCGGGUGCCUCGGAAAAGGAGUCACAUCUCACCCAAGUCCCGCCCCAUGGCCAAUUCCACUCUCCUAGGGCUGCUUGCCCCACCUGGGGAGGGUUGGGGUGUCCUUGGGCAGCCCCCCAACCGUCCAAAACACAGCCCUCCACCCUCAGCCAAAGUGAAGAAAAUAUUUGGCUGGGGUGACUUCUACUCCAACAUCAAGACGGUGGCCCUGAACCUGCUCGUCACGGGGAAGAUCGUGGAUCACGGCAACGGGACCUUCAGUGUCCAUUUCCGCCACAAUGCCACAGGCCAGGGCAACAUCUCCAUCAGCCUCGUGCCCCCCAGCAAAGCUGUGGAGUUCCACCAGGAACAGCAGAUCUUCAUUGAAGCCAAGGCCUCCAAAAUCUUCAAUUGCCGCAUGGAGUGGGAGAAAGUAGAACGGGGUCGCCGGACCUCGCUUUGUACCCACGACCCAGCCAAGAUCUGCUCCCGAGACCACGCUCAGAGCUCGGCCACCUGGAGCUGCUCCCAGCCCUUCAAAGUCGUCUGCGUCUACAUUGCCUUCUACAGCACGGACUACCGGCUGGUCCAGAAGGUGUGCCCCGAUUACAACUACCACAGUGAUACCCCCUAUUAUCCCUCUGGGUGACCCUGGGCAAGUCAGAGAGGCCAGGCCAGGGUUGGAAGGCCAGGCCUGCCUGGGCAGGAGGCUGUC